AUGGGCACUGAAACUGACAUCGUCGCCAGAUUCGACAUCCAUCUGGAUGCCGGAGAAGAGCCAGUCUUCAAGGGAGGAGAGCUUAUCACUGGAAAGUUGCUCAUCGAGUUGCGCAAGCCAAUCAUCAUUAAUGCUGUAAAGCUGCAGAUGAAGGGAAGAGCCGCAUGGUUAAACGAUCCAUUGAAAAAGGAUGAUAUUGAGAAAGUUUACUUUGACCAAGACUUCACUCUGCUUGAACGUCCCCCAGGAAAACCAGAACCAGGACACUUCAAAUGGAUCGGUGACUUCACAUACAGUCUUCCAUUCGAGUGCCCACUGCCAAAAGGAUGUCCAAGCACCUACGAGGGGCCACACGCUUUCAUCAGAUACUUCAUCCGUGCCAGUUUGGUACAGGAGGAUGAAUUCGAAAAGAUUCAUGAGUACUAUGUGAAGAAGGCGUUCACCUUGGUUUCACCAUCAGAGGGACACAUCAUCACCGGAGAGUCUGCACAGACUGAAGACUCGGCGAUUCUCGGAAAGUGCUGCUGCAAGUCAAAAUUGUCUGCCGAGCUUGCACUUCCAAAAACUGGAUAUCUCCCGGGAGAGUCAAUUUAUGGAAACUUGAAGAUUGGAAGCAAGCACCCAAAGGACAUUCUCAACCACAUGGAAGCCAGACUUGUCGACCGUGUCCGUCGUAUCGGAGCUCCAGAAAUCUCAGCUGCAUCUCCAUGGAGAACGCUUUACGUCAGAAAGCUCGAAUCUAAUCAUGAAUCACCAAACAAAGCUAAAGGAGCUUUUGAGCAGAAUGGCAUCUUCCUGCUCACAGUUCCACCAGUGUGUCCAAGCACAAAAGGAGAUUACGAGGAUCCAUCAAAGAUUGAGCAUAUCUUGAGCCCAUAUGGAAAGCUCUUGGAGAGCCCCUCAACAGCUACACUUCGCUUCCGCAAAAUUCCAUUUGUGAAGAUUGAGUACGGAAUUCAGGUCACGCUUGGAACUGAUAUUCUUCUGGAGAUUCCAAUUGAGAUUGGAGAACUGUCGACUAGAGACAAGAACAACACCCUGGAAUCGUUUGUUACUGGACCACAACCAGUUGAGGAGGCUGAUGAGAAGGGAAAAAUUGCUGUCAACGGACCAUUCGUCUACACGCCAGUCUACCCAUAUCCACAGAAUGCUGGAACUAAUGGAAAGGCAGCCGGUGUGACAGUUAUUAGCACCGAACCAAGCAUCCAGCACAGUCAUCAGGAUCCAGAGAAGACUAUCGUCACGACAACUCGUACCAUUGUCACUCACUCCGACGGACAUGAGUCAAAAACCAUGGAAGAGACUGUCGUGGAGACCGAGGGAGAAGUCGUUCGAACUGUUCUCGAAAGCACUGUCGACGAUGAUGGAAUCAAGAGCGAGAGAAAGGAGACUACAACGAUAGAUGCUUCUGGAGACGAGAAGACACAAGUGGAGACAUCGAAGACACGCGUCGCUGAGAGUUCCGAAGUACCAGAGAUUAUCAAGGAGGCCAGAGAGAGAAUCGAGGAGUUGGUCGAGCAUCAAUUGUAUAAAAGGAGAAGAUGUCAUUUGAGAAACUAUCAGCUUCUACAAAUGAACUUCUCCAUUUUCAUUCUGUUGAUUGCUAUCGUAUUCCUAACUGGACAAGCAGCAAUCUUCUCUUCCUACCCGGCAUACCAGAACUCGAACUGGCACUACGACAACUAUGGAAAUUUAAUGAUUGGAAAUCGAGACAAUGGAUUCUAUAUGGGACCAUGCUUUGGACCAGAGUGCCCCUGGGGAAAAUAA